AGCCGUUGCAGCUCCGCCCGAAACGUCCCGCGUCCCCCGGUCGCCUGUCCAAGUCCAUGGCAGAGGUGUCCAGUCCAAUGGUCCUCCGCGAGCGCAAUGCCACGCCGGAGGAGGAGGGCAAGAAGGUCCUUGUCUCGGCUGAGAAGAAGGCGACACCAGAGCCAACGCAUCCAAUCCUGGCUCCUUCACCCGUGCGAUGCCGAAAGCUCGAGCCCUCCUUGCAGGCCUGGGUGGCUUCACAGCCCACUCCAGCGGCCACGCCCAAUGUGGCUCCAUCGGAGGCCAUGACGAUGGCUUCCCGUGGACGCGAACGUGAGCGCCGCACCAGUCGCGAGUGCUACCGGCCUCAUGACUGGUCGGCCAGCCUGCGUGAAGAGACUGAGAGCAAGCAGUUCUGGGGCAAGGAGUUCCAGCCCACGGUCCCUCUUGGCCCACGCCUCCGCACCGAGGAGCGCUCGAGGUCCCGAAGCUGUUCUCGAGAGUGUACGCCACAGUGCACACCCACGAGGCGAUCACAAUCCCGUUCCAUGACACCAGGACGUGGUAUGCCUGCGAAGGAACAGGUGGCCGUGGAGCAGUACUUGAGUCGCAUGUCGUUGGCUCGGCUGGAUUCGCCCAUGCAGAAGUUCGCGUUUGGGUCAUCCAUCGAGCGCGGCGUGGCACCGUCGCCUGCGCGGUCCAACAGCUCUCGUGGCUCUGACCUGAGCCGGGAUUCCAGGCUGUCGCAUCUCUCACGCCCGCGCAGUCUUUCAAAGGAUUUGUUGAGCACAGAGGACCGCGAAUGCCUGCAGGCGGCGGAAGAACGACGUGCCCUGAGGAAGCAGCUCCGGCGCAAUCGCCGCAAGUACAAGGAGGCCUUGUUGGGCGGCAGCGUCACGGAGCGGUGCACCGAGCGGAUGUUGACCACUCCCAUGGCACCCGAGCUGAUGACGACCUACCGUGGCUCCCGGAUGCGCAGCUCAUCCUGGCACGGUGCUGACCAUUCUCAUUCCCUACGCACUGAAGGAUCUGACUCCCGCGUCUUCUUGAAGAAGCAUCCCAAUCCUCGGGAGCAGGCCGCCAUCGAGCGACACCUGGAGCAACGCUUCGCCGCGGUGGCACCUCUCAAGGCCCCCACCUGGCAUCGCGAGCUGCCGUCGCCCGCGCCCGCGACGGCCACUCCGGUGCGGAAGUCUGGCAAGAAGGUGAUGAUCCCUGAGAAUGUGGAUGUGGACGAAUGGAUCAAAGCAGGGGAAUCCACCGAGGAGCGAGCGGAGCGGGCUCGUGCCGUGGCCCUGGCCAAGCGCGAUUCUGAGUGGGAGCAACAACGCUCCAAGCUGUGUGUCUUCAGGCCAAGCACUGGCAAAGCACCUGCAACCAGUCCCAAGAAGGAUGAUGCUGAGGAUCAGAACGAGAACGCGGAGAUCGAGGCUUCGGCCGUGGAAGGGAAGCUUUCCAAGGAGGAUUUGCCGGAUUCCGCGACACCUUGGUGCGAAUGAGAACCGUCGAGCUAAUUCGCUGCAUCCAAUUCAUCAAGCUGCACCAAAUGAAAAGAUCUAUAGUUAUUUGACCUACUAGCCCUGCUUCGGUCGUGAAAAGAUCCGAAAGAUCUGCUAUCACUGUGCUGAGAGACCGGG